AUGGGGACAGGGCGGGUGGCGGUACCCGCCUGUGGCGCGGACCGGCGGCACUGCUCUCUGUACGCUUCACAUGUUCAGGCUUUGAGGAACGCUUAUGAGCUCAUCAAAUCAGCCAGUCAAGGAAAAUCUGCACUUGAUUCAUCAGAUCACUUCAGCACCGACUUAUAUGUUUUAUGUGCCGAACAAGCAUUUCAGUUGGGAUAUCGGGAAAUGAGCAGUGACUGUCUACAGAUGUAUUUUAAAGGAAGAUUUCCUGUGAACCAGUUUCUUGGCAGAGCAUAUUUGUGCCAAGGCCAGUUGCACACUCCACUUCUCACAGAUAAUUUGGAAGAGUUUGAAAAGUUUGUGCUGUUUUUUAUGAAGGCAAUAGAUUUUGCCACCCAUGAUCAAAGAUAUUAUUUUUUGGUAUAUAAUGCCUCAGUUCUUUAUUGGCAACUUGUGAGGCCAUAUCUUAAGCCUGGAUUCCGCUAUUGGCUUAUUCCCAGCCUUUCUCAGAUUGUUAAAGCGUUAAACCAAACUGAAGAGCAAGACAAUGAAUGGAGAGCAGAACUCAUGAUAAAUUUACUUGAGUGCUUCCUUGAUGCUUCAAAACUGAAAGAAGCAAAAGAGUUUUCUUCUACUGCAGCAAGCUUUAUUAAGGAAAAUGUUCCAGACAAAUACACUCAAAUAUUUUCUCUAAUGGUAUAUCACAAACUAAUGGAUAUUUCCCAGGUGGAGAAGGAAAUAGAAAAUUCCAUCCAUUUUUCAGUUAUUUAUAAAAUGCAGAUAUUAAAAUUGCAGUGGGACACAAAUGAAUUUCCAAGUGAUGCCACCGCAAAUCUGAAUUCUGUGUAUGUACUUUUGAAACAAUAUGAUGUACCUCCAGCAUCUGUUCUCAGUAUCAAGAUUCCUUUGAUUCUGGAAUUAGCUCGUUUUUCUUUGAAAGUAGACUGCAUUAAGCUUGCAUACGAUUGUAUACUUGAUUUGAAGAGAGCUGGGAUUACUGAGCAAGGGAAACUUAUUGAAAUAGAAUGCCUGGAAUGUGAAUAUGAAAUAAAAAAAAUUAGCACUAAAAUUGGGACUUACACCAAAGGAGUCGUUGAGGCUCAGCUGGAAUUGAUAAAAAAUCUUGAGUUUACCUUAAAACAUGCAGUUCAGUUGGGAGAUCCUGAUGUAAUUCAGGUUGUUUGUACAACCCAGUGGAAUCUGUGCUUACCACUACUACAACACAAUUUACAUCAACAUGUGCGAAAGUCGUUGAUAGCGGUUGCUGAUGUCCUUGAAGAGAUUGAUAGCAUGUUGAUUUUGUUGCGUUGCCAAGUUCACAUGGAAAUAGCUCGUAUUGAAGAAGAUGGGGAUAGAAUAGAGGCUGCUGUGGAACAUUUGCAAAAAGCUAUAUAUCUAAACAACACUGAGCAGUAUCAAGAACAUCUAAGAUUGACUUUUAACCGUCUUCAUUUGCGCACUAUGCUGUAUAAGUCACCUGAGCGUCUAGAGGAUCGGGCAGUGAUGAUGAUUGAGCAGGCUAAAUGGGGAAAGCAGAAGGAUAAUGCGAGGAAAAAGAGGUCCCUUCUGGUGAACGCAGGUCUUGCACUAGCUCCUGAGUCAUUUCAAAUAGUCCUUGACAGUGAAAAUGAAGCUAAAGUUUCCUCAGGUAAAAGUAGGAGUCAAAUAAGCUACCUCUGUGCAAAAGCACAACAUCAUAUUAAAAGCGUGGAGAAAGUUGAUGGGUAUUUGAAACACUUAAAUGAAAAUGACAGAGAGAGAAUUGUACUUUGGGCAGAUUUGGUGAAAGUUGCAUGUAAACAAGAAGUGUGGGAUGUCUGCCGCGCAGCAUGCAGAUUUUGUCUCUUGUAUGAUGAUACUUUGUUUAGGAAGGUAACAAAACCUAAAAAAACACAGAAGAAGAAAGCUAGUACAGCAAUGAUGGAUGAUGAUCAAGGUGACAGCUUACCAGGAGAAUCAUUAGUACCUGCUAAAUCCUUCUCUUUUGAAAGAGAUGUACUCAGAAUAUUAGCAGAAAUAAGAUUCAUUAAUGCAGAGGCAACUAUUAAUUUAUUAAGAUUGCAGGGAGUCGAACUGAAUGAUCAUGCUGUGCCUUCAGAAGAUACAAGCCAGUAUCGUCCAGGAUAUGUUCCAUAUAUUCCUGAAAGUGAUCCAGAAUGGAAUACAUACAGUUUAUGGAUAGACUACUUAUCUCAGUACACUAUGGAAAACUUCCAGCGUGCAGCCGAAAUAGGAGAAGAACUGAAUGAAGCCUGGAUUGUUCACAAUGCUGUCGUGUACGUCUUAAACUACAAUAGACAUCUUAUCUCUUCAGGAAGACAGAGGGAAAUUAUCAAAUAUCUGCAGACUCUGCUUGGGGCCAUGAAGACUGUUGGGCACAAUGGAAGUACUGCGAUUUUAUUGAUGUUAUGUAAUGUUUUGGCUCGGGGCUUAAUUCUUUGCUGGAUUCCAAAGCCAAAACUUGCUGAGAAGAAAAAAAAAGAUUCUUUUUCAGUAGAUCCCAGUGGACUUCCUGAUAUCAGAGCUGCCUUAGAGAUUUGUGAAUUUGCCCUAAAUGUGAUAACUGGAACCAUACCUGAUGAACCAGUACCUAUUGCUGCACAGCAGCAGAUCAUUGCUACCUGGGUGAAAGCAAAGCAGUUAAAUCAGCAGCAGAUUGGACAUAAACUUGGGACUGAGGAGGAGCAUAAUGAUGGAGCACAAAAUCCUAUGGCAAGAGUUCUUGUUGGUCUAGAAUUGUAUUCAUGUAAUGGCUUGGGCCUCAUGGAUUUCACUGUUCCUGGCUUAUCUCAGUUAGUGAAAUGGGCUUUAGAAUGCAGUUGGUCAGAUUCCUUAGUGGAAUUGCAGACACUGACACGACUUACAUAUUUUGCAUAUGUAUCACACAACUACGAAACAGUGACAACUUGUUCCAAAAGGAUCUUGCAAUCAGCUGAGAUAUUUUUCCACAAUACAGAUACUAAGAAAUAUGAAAUGCCUGGUAACAGAGUGAGACAAGAAAUGUUAAGCAUUACUGCCUGCAUACAAGGAAAAAGUAUAAUGGAAAAUUUGUGUGGAAGAAAACAUUUGCGUGUAGCAGCAUCAAAAGCCUUUGUUCAGAGUGCCAGGUAUGCAGGUGAAGCCAGAAAUUAUUCCCUUGUAAUGUUUGCAGCUAGACACUUUUGGAACACGUGUUUACCUUUGUUAAGUUCUCCACAUGACAGAGAGCAGUUUAAAGAACCUACUGAAAUAAUUCUUAAGAAUAUAAUUAAAGCAGGAUCUAAAAAUAAGCAGCAAAUCAACGGCACCGUUCAGCUUGGUGUCAUCAGCAAAUUUGCUGAGAGUGCGCUCAAUCGCAUUGCCUGUGUCACUGAUGAAGAUAUUAAACAGAGCAGAAAGAUACAUUGCCUUUGCAUCAGUGGGUUACAAGGGAUUUUCAAAGUAUUGGCUUAUCAGUUGGAUGUGUUCUCCCAGGCACGUUCUUCCUUGUUUUGGUCUGGUGCUGAGGAGGAUCUGACAUUAAGAACCUCCUUAUAUGGGUUAUUAUUUCACAUAUAUGCUGAUAAAGCUGAUUGGGAGACAGCACUAAAAGUCCUGGAUGAAGCUAUUCAAGUGUUGCCUCAGACAAGACACAAGCUCCUGAUUUUUAAACAUAUGGCUACAGUGAAGGCAGGAUUGGGAUACAAUUUUAUGAUGGACAUUCAGAAAUUCAGAGAUGAAAGUGAAGUUUGUUUGUCACGUAUGUGGCGUCAUUUGGUACCCGUCUCCAGAAGUAUUGUUGGACAGUUAAGCUGUUUUCAAAAUGCAAUCAUUGCUUUACAGAAACAAGAAAAUGAAUGGCAGAAAGUUGAUUACCUGAUGGAAUUUGCUGAAUGGCUGUAUUGUAACCAGUUUCCUCUCAAUGAUGUCAUUAAACCUCUGGAAUGGGUGGUAGAUCUCUUGCUACAUAUGAAAUUUUCCAUGCAAUCCUCACAAGAAGAAGCUCCUGAGAAGGCACAGUCAGUAAUUGCUCCUAAGAGAGAGAAGGACAAAAAGAAAGAGAAACAAGUUGAAUAUUCUGUUGUGAAAGAGAAGCCUAAAGAGAAAGGAUCAGUUCAUACCUUACCAGCAAGUGUGGAAGAAUGGGCUCAUUAUGACUGCCCCAAUGAAAUCAGAGAUACUUUUAAACAGAAAGCAAAUAGUUAUGGUAUCAACUGGGAUAAUUUCCCAAAACCUACUUGCACUUUGUAUUUUAUGGACCUUUUAUCUAAAGAACUACAAAAAAUUUUUUGCCCCCACUUGAUUCUUCCCAUCUUUCAGCUAGCUGAAGUUAUUGCUAAUGAAGUUGUGGAAUGCAGAAGUCUGUCUGAUCUCUAUCAUCUUCGAAUUGCCCUGAUAUGUUCAGAUCUAAAACUGAAUCAGGCAUCUUUGUAUCAUGAGAAAGCUGCUGGAGAAGCAUACAUUAGUGAAUUAGAACAAGCAAUGUGUAGGCAAGAGAUUGCACUGAAAAAAGAAAAAAAAUUUUUUGAGUUAAAUACAAUAACAGGAAAAGGACUGAGUGCACUUUCCUUCCCUUGCUUGUGGAUAGAAAAAGCUGAAGUACUAAUUCAGCUAGGCUUGUAUCAACCAGCAAGACUCCUGCUUUCAGAGGCCCAUGCUGCAACUCAGGAAUUGAGGGCCCUGUAUGAUGUGUCAAGGUGCUUGUACUUAUUUGCUGUAUUGGCUAACCUGGAAAGAAACCAUGGACAAGCUAAAGCACUCCUUGAGAAAGCACAGCUUCUGGGAGGAAAUGAACAGUUUUGGUACAACAGUACUCUCAGUCUCAUAGAAGCAAUUAUAGAGGAAGAGGGGGAAGGAAAACAGAGCAUGGCUUGUGAAAUACUGGAACACACUGUAAAUGUGCUCAGAUAUACUUUAUUGAAGAGACCUAACAGGCAAUCGGAGUUGGGUUUUAUAAUUGCAUCUCUUGAAGCCAGGAAAACACUUAUUCAGAUACAUUUUGCCCAACAUUGUAUGACAAUUAAUGCUGAGUCUUGUCCGUUGCCACAAAUGCUACAGGAAUCUUACAAUAAAUUAGUUCAAAUUGAGGAGGACUUCUUUAAUUGUGGGCAUAAAAACUGCAGUGCUGACAUACUGCUAGAACGUGCGAAUGUUCACAGGAUGAUUGCCAAGCGGGAAAGAAAUGAAAGAGAAAAACAUAGUCACUAUCUAGACGCUUGUAAUUUAGCUCAGAGGGCGGUAUCCAAAACAGAGGAAGUGUAUAAUAAUGUUUGUAGCUUAUUUGCAGUUAAUGAGACUACAAAUAUUAGUAUCCCAUUAAUGAGGCAACUAGCUAACAGAAAAAUAAAUCUUGUAGAAAUACUUUUGGAUAUUUUUCAUCUUGUUAUUACUGAGAAAAAGCUCAAAAAAGUGGGAAAAGCAUUGUCUCAUAAAAUUGUGGAGGCAUUCAUCUGGGGAACUGCUGAAGAUGAUGCAACAGAACAGGAUUGGAAGCGCAUGGAAUGCACUGUGGGUCACAUUACACUGGCUCAGUUAGCAAACCUACAGAAUCUUUGUAAAGGCUGUCCUGACAUCAAAUCCAAAUGCCUAUAUCUCACUGGAAAAACUCUUCGUUUACUUGCAAUUAAUGUAGAUCCUGUACAUACAGACAUUUACUGGAAGCCAAAUGUCAUGAAGGAACAUAGGUUGGCUCAGAAAUAUCUUUCUCAAUCCAGUGAAGCUUUGCUACAGGGUAUGGGUAUUGCAUUCCGUCAUAACAUUACCGAUGUACUGGCUCCUGCUAGUUUUGAAAUGGCUGAAUGCUUUCAACAAUUUGAUCCAGUUUCAACUAGCCAGUUUUUGGCACUUCAUCAGAGCUGUUCAGCAUCUCUGAUGAUGAAGCGUAUCCUUCUAACAGCUACAUCUAACACCAGCAGCUCUCAGCUGGCAGCGUUACUGCAUCUUCAGAAUCAUUUGAAACAAAACAGAAACACAAGUGAUCUUCUAAAAAAUGUGGAACAGCAACUGACUGCUACUUCAAUGGCAUGGAGAAAUCUCUGCAUUCCUGUUGAACAUUUUAAUGUAAUGGAUGAAUUGCCAUCUAAUUUCUACAUAAUUAUUCUCCAGCAUUCGGAAGACAGGUUGAAUUUGUACAGUUCAAUGAUUGAGAAGCCAAAAGUAAGUGCUGCGCAGCAAAAAGGGAAACCCACUCAGCCAAUAGGUACACCUAUGGACUUAGGAUUGUGUGUGGUAUUACUAGUAGAUACGUUAUUUAUGGAAUUGCCUUUGGAAGCUCUGAGUAUCUUUAAAGAGGAAGGAAUAAGUUCUGUAUCCAGAGAUUUUUCUCUCCAGAUUCUCUACAAUCGAGUACAUCUGGCCGAAUCAGAAGCCUUAAGGCCUUCCCAAAAAAUAAAGGAAAUCCUAGAAAAAUACUGUGACCCAUUUACACUACGGUGGGAAGGAGUUAUUGGCAGCAUACGUAUUCCAAGCCAAGCAGAAUGGGAGCAGCUGCUGACAAACUGCAGUGCAUUUCUCUUCUAUGGGAUGGAGAGAUUCAUGUCUCAUGUUUUACUCAACAGACUUGUUGCGUUGAACAUCCCAAGGUGCCAUUUGAUGAUACUUCUAGAUCUGGUGCGAUCAAAGCAAAGUUAUCAAAGAAUUGCAAACUCUGAUAUCCACAAAAGUUGUCUACAUAUUGCUAUAGAGAGCCCAACAGAGACAGCAAUGCUUCUCAGCCUUACCGGUGUUCGUUCCAUAAUAGCCAACCAGUGGUACACUACCUUGCAAGAGAAUGCAGAAAGGCUAGAAAUUUUGUCCGAGAGGCUAAACCCACCAGAAGGCCAGGGCUGUGCGGGAACACCGGAGCUGGAUUACUCCGUACAUCCCUCGGUGCGCACGCUGCAGGGGGCCACGAGCAGCAGCGGGUGGCCAAGCAGUACCUGUGAGCACGCCGAGGCCAGGGCGGCUGUGGGGCCGUGA